AGCUGGAGGAGCGUGAGGAGGGGCGGAGGCGGAGGGCGGAGGGAGUCGGCGCAAGAUGGCGGCGGGAGGGGCCCAGGCUGUGGCUCUGGCCGCCGAGUGAGGGGCGGGGGGGCCCGGGGGCGCGCGGCCCGAGACCCCCCCGGCCGCCCUUCUCCUUCUCUUAUUUCUGUGGCUGGGGGGGUACCCCCUCCCUCCACACCAUGGAACCAUCUCUGUCUCCUAGUGGGGCAGCACUCCCCCUGCCUCUCUCUCUGGCCCCACCUCCACUGCCCCUGCCUGCAGCUGCGGUGGUGCACGUGUCUUUUCCUGAGGUGACCAGUGCUCUUCUGGAGUCCCUCAAUCAGCAGCGGCUUCAGGGCCAGCUCUGCGACGUGUCCAUACGAGUGCAGGGCCGGGAGUUCAGGGCUCAUCGUGCUGUUCUGGCUGCCUCCUCCCCUUACUUCCACGACCAGGUCCUACUGAAAGGCAUGACAUCCAUCUCACUACCCAGUGUCAUGGACCCAGGUGCCUUCGAGACUGUCUUGGCUUCAGCUUACACCGGCCGCCUCAGCAUGGCUGCUGCUGACAUUGUCAACUUCCUCACGGUGGGGUCUGUGCUCCAAAUGUGGCACAUCGUGGAUAAGUGUACUGAACUCCUCCGUGAAGGCCGGGCAUCGGCCACCACUGCUGCAGCCACUUCUGUCACUGUCUCUGGUGCUGGGGUCCCUUCAGGAAGUGGGAGCACUGUGGCCCCUGCUACAGUGGGAUCUAUGCGCUCCCAUGCCUCCAGCCGGGCCAGUGAGAAUCAAUCCCCCAGCAGCAGCAACUACUUCAGUCCCCGGGAGUCCACUGAUUUCUCAUCUUCCUCCCAAGAGGCAUUUACAGCUUCAGCUGUGGGGAGUGGGGAACGUCGAGGAGGCCCUGUAUUCCCAGCCCCUGUGGUUGGCAGUGGGGGAGCUACCUCUGGGAAGCUGCUGCUUGAAGCAGAUGAACUGUGUGAUGAUGGUGGGGAUGGGAGGGGUGCUGUGGUCCCUGGAACUGGGCUUCGGAGGCCCACCUAUGCACCUCCCAGCAUAAUGCCACAGAAACACUGGGUAUAUGUGAAACGGGGUGGGAACUGCCCAGCAACAACACCCCUGGUUCCCCAAGACCCAGAAAUGGAAGAGGAGGAGGAAGAGGAAGACUUGGUGUUGACCUGUGAGGAUGAUGAAGAUGAAGAACUGGGGGUUGGUUCCAGGGUUCCAUCGGGGGGAGGACCUGAGGCUACCCUUAGCAUAAGUGAUGUCCGGACCCUGACUGAACCUCCGGACAAGGGGGAGGAGCAAGUCAACUUUUGUGAGUCCUCCAAUGACUUUGGCACCUAUGAGGGUGGGGGUCCUGGGUCAGGGCUUGAUGAUUCAGGGGGACCAACCCCUUCCUCUUAUGCCCCCUCCCACCCUCCUCGACCCCUGCUCCCACUGGACAUGCAGGGCAACCAAAUCCUAGUCUUCCCAUCAUCUUCUUCCUCUUCCUCUUCUUCCUCCUCACAGGCUCCAGGCCAGCCACCAGGGAACCAAACUGAACAUGGGGCAGUCACCCUGGGAGGCCUGACAACAGGGGGCCUGGGGGUACCAGGUGGUCCAAGUGGAACCCCUGGAGGGACAGGCGGUGGGGACGGGAAUAAGAUCUUUCUGUGCCACUGUGGGAAGGCCUUCUCCCACAAGAGUAUGCGAGAUCGGCAUGUGAACAUGCACCUCAACUUGCGGCCCUUUGACUGCCCAGUAUGCAACAAAAAGUUCAAGAUGAAGCACCACCUGACUGAACACAUGAAGACGCAUACAGGUCUCAAGCCCUACGAAUGCAGCGUAUGCGCCAAGAAGUUCAUGUGGCGAGACAGCUUCAUGCGCCACCGGGGACACUGUGAGCGUAGGCACCGCCUAGGCGGAAGUGGGGCUGGACUGAGUCCUGCAGCAGCGACCACAGGACCCGCCUUGCAGCCCAAGAGAGAGUCCCCGGGGGCGGGUGGUGGCAGUAGUGAGGAGAGAGUGGUCACGCCCCCCUCUGGGAGACGGGUCUGGUCGCCGCCCAGCGUCCCCAAGGUGGAGAUGGGCUUCACCAAAGGCGGAGGCUCAAACUGAAGGAAGGUAGCUUGAGGGGCAGAGGGUUUAGGGAGCUCGAGCCAAGGCCACUGCUGCCCUUAGUCAUCUCUAACUACACGCACUGUCUUCCUUAUCUCUACAGAUUUGUAUAUAUUCUGGACGGGUCACCCCAUUUCACUCCUCAGUUCCUCCCCCACAAAAUAUUCCUGGAGUUAAGCCCUUCCUUAUCUGUGGGUGCACUGCAGCCUUAGCUUCAGGGUAGGGCCUACAAGUGUUGGGGGCGGGGUGGGAGGGGACGGGGACUUGUCAAGCAUCCUGGAGCCACAGGGUUAGGGGUCAGGUGGUUUUAGUCUGUACCUGAAGUCUGUGUUUGUGUCAUUUCCCCUAGGACGCUGCCCGCGGGUUGGAGAAGAGGGAGUAAGUUAUAGGAGUACAGGUCAUUAUUUUAUUUUAUUUUUGAAAGUGAGAGCAAACUCAGCGAAGUUGUAAGGACAGAGCAGGCUAUGCUACAGGGAGAGCAGCCCGGGUUUUUAUUUUAAAUCUUAUUUUUUUUAAUGGUGAUUAAAAUAUUUAUUGAUCAGUUCA